CAGCACAUUUGUCCACGAGGGUCUAUCCUCAAACGUAAGCAAUCAUGGGCGCGUACAGAUACGUACAGGAACUGUACCGUAAGAAGCAGAGCGAUGUGAUGCGCUACUUGCUGCGUAUCCGCGUUUGGCAGUAUCGCCAAAUGACCAGGUUCCACCGUGCGCCGCGUCCAUCGCGACCGGACAAGGCACGCCGCCUGGGAUACAAGGCUAAGCAAGGCUUUGCCAUCUUCCGCAUCCGUGUUCGUCGCGGUGGCCGCAAGCGCCCUGUACCCAAGGGUUGCACGUAUGGCAAACCGAAAAGCCACGGUGUCAACCAGCUCAAGCCGUACAGAUGUCUCCAGUCCGUGGCAGAGGAGCGUGUUGGUCGCCGCGUCGGUGGGCUUCGCGUACUGAACUCAUACUGGGUUGCCCAGGAUGCCGCUCACAAGUACUACGAGGUCAUCAUGGUCGACACGGCCCAUAAAGCAAUCCGCCGCGAUCCUAAGGUUAACUGGAUUUGCAAGGCAGUACACAAGCACCGUGAGCUUCGUGGUCUUACGUCGGCUGGAAAGAGUUCGCGUGGUUUGGGCAAGGGCUACCGCUAUGCCCAAACCAUCGGUGGAUCACGUCGCGCUUGCUGGCGUCGUCGCAACCGCCUUCAGCUUCGUCGUUAUCGUCGUUAAGUGAAACGGCUAUCCUUUGUAUGGCUGCUUUAGAGAUGCUCUACUGCCUCUGUAUUGUAACACGACCAUACAAUAAAUACUUUGGUAAAACACAA